AUGAUUGCACGAACAGAGGAUUAUCGACCGUGGCUCAUCCAAAAAUAUGGCGGCACCAGCGUGGGCAAGCUGCUGAGCACCAUCACAGAAUCCAUCGUGCCGCAAUACCUGAACGACUACAACGUCGCCGUGGUUUGCUCCGCGCGGUCCAGUGCAAGCAAAUCGGUCGGCACGACGAAUCUCCUCCUGAGGGCGUUGGCUUGCGCCGUGUCGUCGGAGGAGGACGCACUCACGGUCGACUUUGACGAAGUGGUCGACCUCAUCCAAAAUGAACAUCUUUCGGUCGCAGACUCUCUGCCCAGCGAGGCUGUUCUCCAACCCUCCUCCUCGGAGAUCAUUCAGCAAUUACGACAGAGCAUCGUCGCGGAAUGUGAAGCCCUACGGAGAUUCUUAGGGGCUACGCGCGUCAUUGGCGAAGCGUCUGACAGAACGCAAGAUCGCGUGCUCGGGGUUGGUGAGAAGCUGUCUUGUCUGGUGGUCGCUGCCGCGUUGUCACUCAACGGGGUCGAAGCAGAGAUGGUGAACCUAGAAAACAUUGUGCAAGCUGCCGACAAGCGCUCGCCCCGGGAACAGCAAGCGGCCUACAAGCAAAACCCCAUCUCAUUCCUCCAGGGGCUACGAGAUGCCGUCAGAGAUGCAAUACUCCAAUGCUCCACGCAAGGCAAAGUCCCCGUUGUCACUGGGUUUUUCGGCUCAAUGCCUCACUCACUACUACACACCGUCGGCCGUGGCUAUUCAGACCUGUGCGCCGCGCUGUGUGCCGUCUCACUAGGGGCCGAGGAGCUCCAGAUAUGGAAAGAGGUUGCUGGCAUCUUCACGGCGGAUCCUACCAAAGUGUCAACGGCCAGAGUGCUGCCCAUGAUCACGCUGGAGGAGGCCGUCGAGCUGACAUACUACGGCAGCGAGGUGAUUCACCCUCUGACCAUGUCCCUUCUGAACAAGGAGGAUAUCAACCUGCGGCUGAAGAACGUGAAGGAUCCUGCCGGCGCUGGCACCGUGGUCUACUCAACGACGCCUAGUCCGAGCCCAACGCAGACGCCUGGUUCAACGGGAAUGGAGAUGAGCCGGUCCCUGUUCAUGACGUCGCAUGGGUACUACGGCAAAGAACAAGCCAAGCGAGUCCCGACGGCCAUCACGACCAAAGACUCCAUCGCCCUCGUCAACAUCACUUCGAACGGCAAGCUGCCUGCCCAAGCAUUCCUCGGCCAAGUCAUCAGCAUCCUCGGCCAGCACCAGCUCUCCGUCGACCUAGCCAGCAGCAGCCGGCAAUCGCUCAGCCUGGCCGUGUCGGCGUACGGCUCGACGAACCUCUCGGACGCAAUCGACGAGGCCCUUUCCGAGCUCGAAGAGUUCGGCUCGACGACAAUCGUGCCGAAAAUGUCCAUCAUCUCGGUCGUCGGCCACAAGAUGAAGAACAUGGUCGGCAUCGCGGCCGAGAUCUUCUCGGCCCUGGCCAGCGCGCGCAUCAACAUCCGUCUGAUCUCGCAGGGCGCGAGCGAGAUCAACAUCUCGUUUGUGGUCAGGACCCAGGACGCCCUGUUGGCCAUGGAGGUCAUCCACUCCAAGGUCAUGCAGAUUCCGGGACACGCCGAGCGCCAGGUUUCGCUCAUAACAGGUGAGGAAUUCUCAAGUCACUUACCCCACCAUACCGGUUCUCAUCCAUACUGA